AUGGUCGUAGGUGACUUACACAGUGCCAACUUCCAAUUCCCAGUCCGAGAGCUCCAAAAUGACAGAAUAAGACUCGUGCCAUUCGCAACGACUCUGCAUGCUGAACUUUUCUUUCAAGGAUCGGUCAACCAUCCCGAGCUCUAUCGGUAUCUUCCCUACGGACCUUACGAGUCUGCAACCGAAUUUGUCGAAACCUUCAUCAACAACCGAAUCCGUCCUAUUCCCGGGAAUAUUCUCUAUGCGAUCAUCGACAAGACACGCAGCCACCCAGAUUCACCUGCCCCUUCGCAAGCCGAUUUCGCAGGAGUAAUAGGCUACCUCAACACAGAUAUGAGCAAUCUCGAGAUCGAGAUAGGUUUCAUCAAGAUUCUUCCGCCUUUCCAGUGCACACAUGUCACCACCAACGCAGUUGGGCUCCUACUCCAAUAUGCGCUUAACCGACCUUCGCAUCUUCACGCCCCUGGAUUGGGAUUAAGGAGAGUGCAAUGGCAGGCAAACGUACUGAACUUGAAAUCUAUCCGAGCAGCGGAGAGAAUGGGGUUCAUGAGGGAAGGCGUGUUGCGUUGGGAUAGGGCUUUGCCGGCUGACAGAGGAAAAGUUGGAAAUGGUGCCCCGUUGAGGGAAGGAGAUCCGGAACCGGAAAAGAUGGGGAGACAUACGGCCAUACUAGCAAUCUGCUGGGAUGAUUGGGAGAACGGAGGUGAAGAAGGGGCACUGUGUGUGAUGGUGCGCCAGGAGCCACGAAAGCAGUCGAUUUUGGCGUAG